CACCCCCUCUCAUCCACCGCCAUAACAAAAUCCCCUGUGCUUCCGGCAACCCAAUCUUCCAAAACACACACCAUACGGCUCACCUACUUUCCACCGGAGCAACCGUCGCCGAUCAUUCACCUCUCCACAACCGGUCCCCUAGGGUUUUGCUUUCACAUCCACUAGUUAGGUUUCCGAUCAACGUUGCGUGAGCAUCGUUUCCGUAUCUCCGUUAGGGUGCUUUUUUCAACCGAAGACGAUGUGUGAUGGCUCCUGGCCGGAAACGUGCUGGCGCGAAAGGAGCAAAGGCUAAUAAUAAGUUGAAUUUUGGCGAUCUUGUGCUUGCUAAAGUCAAGGGCUUCCCUGCAUGGCCUGCCAAGGCGGCAGAGGGUGAAUUACUUCCGAAAUUGUGUUUGGGUGAUUAGUUAAGCAUUGGUUGAGGGCUUCAAUUACCCUAAUUUGACUUUGGACACAGUUUAAGUAUUAGCUGUAAAUGUGAUCUAACCAUUGGGUUGGUCAUAACAUGAGUGCAAUAUUUAUUUAGGAUGUUUAUUUGAUUAUCCAAUUCUCCUUUUUUUAUUGGUGUAUCCGCCAACCCACCCUUAUUCUGGAACUAUCUUGUUACCUAGAACUCUAGAAGCCAUUUGAGUUGAAUUCCCCUUUUAGACGCGCUGCGUGGAUGAUGUUGUCAUGGAAAAUUGUACAAGUUGGAUCUUGGAUGUGUUGUGAUGCUAGUCUAGCGGAUUGUUCUUGUGAGGGUCGACAAUUCUGAGGACUGAUAUUUCCACCGUUCUUGAUUAACUUAUCGUAUCGUGUGAGAAGAUAAGCAAACCUGAAGACUGGAAACGAACCCCUGAUCCGAGGAAAUAUUUUGUACAUUUCUUUGGUACAGAAGAAAUAGCUUUUGUAGCUCCAGUUGAUAUUCAGCCAUUUACCAGUGAGACAAAAGACAAAUUGCUGACUAGAUGUAAAGGAAAAACAGUCAAAUACUUUUCUCAAGCCGUGAAGGAAAUUUGCGACACAUUUGAAGAGUCAGAGAAUAAGAGUUCAGAUUUUCUAAAAGACGGUAAUGAUGGACGAGCAUCUCAGCCUGAUGCUAUCUUUUUAGAGAUGGUGGAUGAUAGAAUGAUUACCGAUAGACCCAGUUGUGCAACAUCUUCUAGUGACACUGUAAAUAAUGGCUCUGGUUUAGAACGCUGCUCGCAUAGGGAAAUGGGACAUGAGGAUGUAAGCCCUAGUGUUUCGUCUCUUGCUAAUGACCGUUCUCCAUCUCUUUUCACCAAAAACCGAGCCGAUGCUAUAGCUUCACCUAAGGUGGAGAGUAUAUCUACUUCUGCAGGUCAUAAUACAAACCCAAAGAUUGGAAAUAAUGAAGAAACAAAUGGGCAGAAGUCCAAGAAGAUAGUAAAAGCUCCAAAGGAUAACCAUGGUGUUGUUGAUGGAAUAAACAAAAUUCUUAGUCCUGCAAGUGUAGGUUCUGCAUUUCAGACCAGCCAUAUUGAAUCCAGUGUAAAUAAGAAUAAGGAUGGAACCCAAAGAAGUUCCUCACAUGUGAGCAAGAACGACGUUACCGAGGGUGUGGCAAACCCAGAUUCGGGAGAUAAUGUUAGAAACACAAAGAAAGUUCUGAAAGAUAAAACACAUGCUGGGUUGAAAGAUAAUGUUCUUAAUAGUGGAGUUUUGCGCCCUGCAAAAAAGUCCAAGUACUCAGAUGAUACUCUCAAGAAGUCCCAAAUAUUCAGGAAAAAUGAUGCGUCUAGUAAAGGAGGCAACGAAGAAGUAAAAAAGCGAACGCCGGAGCUGAAAACAAAAAACCGCUCGGUAUUCAAGGGGCAAGCAAACGGUUCUAGAGUUCUUGGUGACGAAGAUGCUGUACAACCUACAAAACGCCGUCGUCUGGUCCCGGAAGGCAUGCCGGAAGAUAGAACAACUGAAAGCUCUGUUACACCUAAAAAAGGGGAAAACACUGAUUAUGUUAAAUCUAAACCUCAAGUGCACGUGAGGAGGAGAGCUGUUCGUAUCUUUGAUGAAGAUGAAGACGAGCCCAAGACUCCUGUGCAUGGACAGUCAUCUAAAGUAGUUGAGAAAGUCUCACACACUUCAGUGUCUGUUGAAGAAGUCGCUGUAGUGACUGAAGCUAUUCAAGAUUCCCCUGGUGUGAGAAAAAACUUGAAUGCGAAAGAAUCUGUGGCUAAAUCUAAGCAAGAUAUUGCGGAAGUAGCUGAAGAGAAGUUGUUACAUACCCCUGGGAAAGCGGAAUCUGAAAAGAAAUCAUCUGAAGAGAUUCUACAGGUGUUUAUCUCUCCUGUCAAGUCUCCUUUUGAUACUUGCAACCAAAUGGUGGAAUGUCAACCUUCUAAAGUCAACAAGACUUUAGGCAAGGUUUCUGGCAAUAUUUCACAAAAGAAGGAUCAAUCAGGUUCGGUUAAGCCCUCAAGUGGGAUUUAUGAUGGCGGGCAUCGUUCUCAGAAUAAUAGUACUUUAAAAACUACUGCAAAAUUAAGUUCACGGAUUACUGAUUCUGCAGCUGUCUUGAGGAAAACGAGUGAUAGCAACUCGUUGUCUAGUGAAAGGUCAGAAUUUCAACUGGCUCGAACAAGUUCAUUGUCUGGUUCAAGAAAUGCAGAUUCAAACAAGUCAAUGAGGCAUCUAAUUGCAGUUGCUCAGGCAAAAAGAAAAGAAGCUCACUCACACAACCUUGUGCAUGAAAGUGAAGCAUUUGGGAAAAGCCCUGGUCCUAUUUCUGCUGUUCAAACAGUCACAACAAGUCUUGGAAUUGUGGCUCAAACAGAUGAGCAGCUUGAUACUGCAGAAUUUGAGGAGAGAAGGACCAGUUCAGGACAUCGGCCUGCUGGCGGAUCUCUUAGCGGUGGAACUGAGGCGGCCGUUGCUCGUGAUGCUUUUGAAGGAAUGAUAGAAACUUUAUCGAGAACAAAAGAAAGCAUUGGGCGUGCUACACGACAUGCAAUUGACUGUGCAAAGCAUGGUAUAGCCAAUGAGGUUGUGGAACUUCUUACUAGGAAGCUGGAAAAUGAAUCCAGUUUUCAUCGAAGAGUGGAUCUUUUCUUUCUGGUUGAUUCCAUUACACAGCGCUCUCAUUCACAGAAAGGAAUUGCUGGAGCCUCUUACAUUCCUACAGUUCAAGCAGCAUUGCCUCGUCUUUUAGGUGCUGCUGCUCCACCAGGUGCUAGUGCUCGGGAGAAUCGUCGUCAAUGUCUAAAGGUUCUCAAAUUGUGGCUUGAGAGGAAAAUUUUACCUGAUACUUUACUUCGAAGCUAUAUAGAGGACAUUGGCUCUUCAAACAAUAAUACUUCUGCUGUUUCGGUCUCCAAGCGCCCAUCUCGGUCAGAACGGGCUGUCGAUGAUCCUAUUAGAGAGAUGGAGGGCAUGCUUUUUGAUGAAUAUGGGAGCAAUGCAACGUUUCAAUUGCCUGGACUUUUGUCAUCUAAUGUCUUUGAAGAAGAAGAUGAAGAUGACAUUCUUAACUUUUCACAUAAAGAAGGCAUAUGUAAAUCAACACUAGAGCUAAACGUUGCCGCAGGAGAGCUUGAAACAUGUUCAGUAACUUCAAACGAGAGACGCCACUGCAUCUUGGAGGAUGUGGAUGGUGAACUUGAAAUGGAAAUGGAAGACGUGUCUGGACAUCCAAAAGACGAAAAGUUCUCGACAGGUAGUCGCUCUUCUAAGGCUAUUCAAGAGGAUGAAGGCUCUAAUAGGACAUUGGAUACGUCUUCUAAUAAUUCCAAUGAGGUGUCCCCUCUUCGUCAAGGUUCACCGCCACUGCCGCCUGAUUCUCCCCCUCCAACUCCCCCCUUGCCGUCUUCACCACCGCCACCUUUGUCACCACUUAUGGUUCCACCACCUCCAUCAACCCCAUCACCUCCACCGCCACCACCACCUCCUCCACCCGAACCUUCAUCACAAACAUAUCCUUUUCAUGCGGGUCCACCUCAGAUGUCGUUUUCUCAACCAUCAAUGCCCCCUUUGCAAUCCAAUGUACCUUUGAACUCUCGUCUUGGAGCUCAUGUUGAUUCCGCAGUGAGGCCUGAAAUGUUCUCUCAGCAACCGUUGUCCUUUCUGCCAGCUGUACCCGCCAAUUCACGUGAACCUUCUAGAUUUAGCUCUUCGAGGACUGUAGAAUACGGACAUGAAACAUAUACAAAUCUUCAAGGUUCUCAAUCAAAGCAACAGUACCAAACUGGAAACACACCUUUGCCUACAAGAACAUUCCAAACUCCCAUGCUGAAUCAGACUGCUGCUGGUCAAUUUCAAUAUCCUAAUCCUGGAAUGAUGCAGCAUCCAUACCCUUUGUAUGGAUUAACAAAACCACCUGAUAGUCAGCGUGGUGCAUGGAUGAAUAAUGGACGGGCAUCAGUAUCUGCAGCCCCUCCUUUUACUCAGGAAGGUUAUUUUCGAACACCCAUGGAGAGACCCCCAGCAAAUAAUGUCAGGUUUCAACCUGUGGGCCAGAAUAUAGGUUCUGCUGGAGCUCAAGUUCCAGGCCAUAGUGGGUCGCUGCUGGUGCCAUCUCUUAAUUCUUGGAGACCAUCUUAAAUGGAAGAUUUGGUGCGUGUUUGGUUUCAUAUCUGGUAGUAAAUGAUUGAGUUGUGAAGAUGGCGUUUGCAGGAUUGUAUAUUGUAGUUUUCUCUUGGCAAAUGCUUCUUUCCAGGCACAUAGAGCGUAAGCCACAUCACUCAUAUCAUAUUCUUCUUUCAACUAUAUUGUAAACUAGACGGGUCAUUUAUCUUUUUAACGAACGAAGUGAGUUACUUAUUCUCUUAGCUAGAUUCUUACUUGGGCUGAAAUAGAAAUCGAAAACACCUUUAAUGUUCUUGGUUUUUAAAUCUUUUUUUAUAUAUAUAUAUUCUUGUUCAUA